AAACCGGCUGCGCGCGGAGUGGGUUCGGUGUGGCCGGGGGCUGUUAAUUGCGCCGGAGAAGAAGAAGGAAGAGGAGGAGUGGGAAGGGGGAUUCUGUCAUGGCGCGGGUGACGGUGCUGGGAGUUUCGGUGCUGGAAAACCCAAGCCCCUUUAGCCAGCCGCUCCGCUUCCAGGUGCAGUUCGAGUGCGGAGAGGCUUUGCCUCACGACUUGGAGUGGAAGAUCAUUUAUGUGGGUUCUGCUGAGAGUGAAGAGUAUGACCAAGUUCUUGACUCUGUGCUGGUGGGACCAGUACCAGCUGGGAGACACAUGUUUGUAUUUGAGGCUAAUGCCCCUAACCCUGAUCUAAUCCCAGAAAGUGAUGCUGUGGGCGUUACGGUGAUCCUCAUCACCUGCACUUACCUUGGCCAAGAAUUCAUUCGCAUUGGGUACUAUGUCAAUAAUGAGUAUGUGGAUCCAGAACUAAGAGAGAAUCCACCCCUCAAACCAGACUUUUCUCAGCUGCAGAGGAAUAUCCUGGCGUCCAACCCUCGUGUCACUCGUUUCCACAUCAAUUGGGAUGGUCCUAGAGACCAAAUGGACAAUAUUGAAAAUGUGGAUCCAGAGGUGGAUGGCUUCUUGUCCCCUAGCUGUGACUACAUCAAAGGGUUGGCCCCAUCAGUGGGUCUUCAGCCGGAGAAUUCUAUGGACUGCAUGUGAUCUAAGCACAAGAAUCUAAGGAGCGGACGUGGAGAAGGGCAAUUUAUGAUUUUUUUGUAGAAACGCUGAAAGCAAAAUGAAUAAUGUCAGGCAACUGAAUUCCUAAAUGGUCUCUCUGAGUCAACAGAAAUUUCUGAGCCCUUAUCCUGUUGGAAUUUGACAAGAUGAUUUCCUGACUGUUAAGUCUGCAGUUCUGCUGUAGGGUUUUGUGCUUGAGACUGCACCUUCUGCUCUUGACAGGCAACUAGUGCAGCAACUGAGUAAGCAAAAAUCCUGUGUUUCCCCAUGUUUUUGUCAAAUCUGGAGCCCAGGAGUAAUGCACAGUGCCACAUUGCUCUUUUUUUCUUGAGAGUCUAGGACAGUAGGCACCUCUGUUUCAGGAGCUUGACUCUUUUGUUUUCAUUUCAUGCAAAGGAGAGCCUCAGGGACCUACGGCCAACAUAAUAGCUAGAUAUUGCAGCCAGGCCUUGAUGCCUUUCUGAAUAUCUCUUUGACCCAGUUUUGCAGUCAUUGUUCUACUGUUGCACUUAGCAUAAACAGUGAUGAAAUUCUCUUGUACUGGCUGGAAGCACAGGAGGGGCUGCUUCUUAUGUGAAGGGUAUUGUUGGUGCUUUUUCAAGCACUGAUUGUAGGCUUGCCCUAGCUGCCUAUCUUUGUACUCUAUCCCCCAACUGUAUCCUCUCCAGGGCCAGAACUGGCAGCAGUAGUAUCUCCUGCAAGCAGUAUCUAAAUUUAUAAAAUCCUUCACAGGUGCUCUUGUCUGGGGAGCACUGACCAUACCUUUCUCACAGGGUCAGGUUUGCUCUUCUGGCAUUUAGGCUAAUUUGUAGUUUCUUUCUACAUAUACAAAGUUCCUCUCAAAACUCAUUUCCAUUAAUAUACCUUUUUCUGUUAGAGCAAUGUUUACAACUUUGUGAUAGAAAAGCUCUUUUUCUGGGGGCCCCCACCAUCCAUUUCUUUACUUUCAGUGGCUACAUGCCCUGGUUCUUGGCCUAUUUUGCUCCCUGAAGUUACAGUGAUAUGUGCUGUGUACAGAUCUUUUAAUCAUUUUAUGUUGUGGAAUUGAUGUCCAAUUAAUAAAACUUUUGGAAGAAUUUA